AUGUUUACCAUCCUGGUCGCGUACGAAGAGGAUUGGGAAGCAAAGAAUCCUCUCCGAGCAGCUGCAGCUCGGACUACCAACUGCGCUUCAACAGCCAUCAAACUGGCGCAAGCUGAGUCUGUGUAUCCUGCUCGUCUGUCCCCGACUUUCGUAAAAUCGGUGAAGACGGAACCUGUGCGUGAGAGGAGAAAAGUCGGGUUCACUCCACAAGCCCAGGUUCAAGACCGGGAAGACACAUUCCUAAUACGUACAAUGUUCGUUCAUAGUCGACCGCAAGGCUGUUACUAUCGGUCCAGUUCCGCAUAUCAGCGUGGCAUGUGCACCUGCUCACCUGGCUCUGAGUACAUCGACACGUCCGAAGCGAACCUUCUACCUGCCAACGUCAGCAAUCUCAAAAUCUACCUCACAGAUGAUGAAAACGCGUUCGAUAGCCUACAAUCAAACCCAAGUCUUUACGGUGCAUCCGUUGGCGAUUGCCAAGGUAUUGUUAGUUUACACAGACUCACAGAUGAUAUAUUCAGGUCCAUCCAUGACUACUCAGUGCGUGACGAUAAAACGAAAGACGAUCUGGAGGUACUGACCGAAGGUGCGGAUGGAAUGGUUGUGCUUGUGGAUGAGCACGGGAACCUGCUGGAUGGUUUUCUGUUCGACGGGAGUGUUGAGGGAGAGGAAGAUAGUGGGAACGAAUCUUCCAGUGAGAAGCGCAAAAGGGCUGAUCAAGGAUGCUGGACGUGCCUCAAGGAAUAUCUCCUCUAG